AUGGCAGGAAUGUUAACUCAAGUUUCAAUUACAUGCAUGGCUAAAUUACGGGAUGAGAGGUUUAUUAACCCAAGUGUGUUGAACUCGGAUACUGUGACAUGUCUUGAUGUUAUUAUGACAAAGCGAAUGUCAAAUGGUGCAUGUCACUCUAUCCUCUAUAAGAUUAUGAUGGCAAUUCUCAAACAUGACACAUCAAAAGCAUUGAGGAGAAGGCAAUACACUUUGCUUUUAAGCUACUUCCAAUAUUGUCAACACAUACUGGAUCCAGAUGUUCCUACUACUAUUCUUCAAUCUUUGUUAGUGGAGGAACAAGAAAGUGGAGAUUUGGAUCUUGAAAAGAUUGACCAGGAUCAGGCUGAGCUGGCACGUGCAAACUUAUCUAUCCUAAGAAAAGAAGCUCAAUCAAUUCUAGAUUGGCCAUAAAAGAUGCAACUCAAGGCAAGAAAAAUAAUGGCUUUCUUUGUUCUGGAUGCAUUAAUAUGCAUUGAUCAAGCAAAGUUUGAACAACAACUUGCACAAGCAAUGAAUGUCAUUAACACAUUGAGUGAACAUGUCAAAUUUUAUUAAUCAAUGAUAGAAUAUUAUGUAUCAAAUAAUGUUUUACGUUAAAUUUGUAGCAACUUCUGAUUUUGAAAUAUGUAUCUUUUGAUGUAUUGGAUAUUUCUUUUUAGUUUCUAUAGAAAUACUUUGUUA